CCCUUAUCGGGAGACCCGAAGUUUCAACAGAGAGCGAAUCGCAAAAUUUACGCCAAACAAAAAAUGGGAGGAGGAGCGGCGAUGAGGUCGGCGGCGAAAGCCGCUGGGGUAGGAUUGGUGAACAGCGGUAUUCGCGGUGGCUUUACCAAAGUACCGCCGGCGGAGCAGAACGUGCUCAACGUGUCUCGUCCAGUCUCCGUGAUUUCAUCCUCUCAGGGGAACAAGGGUUCUGUUGAUAUUGAAUCCGUCCAGAGGCCGUCGUGGGAGCUCGAUGACUGGGAGUUUGCCGGCGGUGAGGAGGAUCUGACGAUGGGGACUGUCGUUGACCCUGAGCCAAUGGCUAGGGUUGUGUUCGGAGGUGCGCCGAGCAUGAAUGAGGCCAAGGAGGCAACGAAUGAAUUGAAGGAUGCUCUGGAGGAGGUGUAUCUGUCAUCUCCCAAUGCUACUGGGUGCAAGGAUUUAGUUGAAGUUGGUCGGGUGUCUGUGCCUUUGCUUACCGACUCUGGAUAUGUGGAGAAUGAAAGCCGUAUAGUCAGUGGCACAAGACAUGCUGUCCGGGCAUUUAAAAUGCUCAGUGAAAGCCCUGCAGCACAGUCUGUUGUUACUUCACUUGCGUGCGACCCAAAUGUCUGGAAUGCUGUCGUGCAAAACAAAGCUCUUGUUGAUUUUCUCCAUGCUCAGAAAUCCAGUUCUGGUUGUCAAGAUCAGGUAUCUCCAAUGAAGUUCGAAGAAUUAUCUGAGAAUGCAUUCAUGACUGUUAAUGGAAGCCAAGCUGGAAAAACCCCAUUAUCCAACAAUGCAAUUCAUGACUCUGAUAAUGCAAGCCAAGCUGGAAACUCUGGAUCUGGGUUUGAGGAUUUUAUACAGAAUAUCAAGCAUACUGUGGUUGACAUGGUGACUAACGUGUCUGUUUUCUUUAAUAAUAUCUUUGGUUCACCUCCGGCAGAGAAUCUUUCUGCAAAUGCUGAUAGCAAGUCAUCCUCCAUUGACAAGACCUUGGGAGCAUCAUUGAUGGGGCUGGCUAUGAUGGUUAUAAUGGUGGUUCUGGUCAAGCGCGCUUAAGAGUUCUUCUCUUUUGUAGCCCACCCAUAAAUUUGCCGAGCUUACAACUUUUCCAAUAUGUUUUUAUUUUUUGUUCAAUAUGUUCAGUGAAUAAUGAGUGUGUUGAAAAUGCUAAGACUAGUUCUGUUGUAAUAAUCUGCAAAUAAGUAGAUUAUUGUGCAUGUGUAUGGAUGCUUGUGUAUGUAUAUAUUCAUUUGGCACAGAUUGUAUUGAUCUGUAUUACUGUUUGA